CCAAGAAAACUUCAGAUAUUCUCUUCACAAAGAAGCCCAAUAAAUAUUUACAUCUCCAUCACCUUUUCACCUCAAAUCAAUACAUUCCCAUUCUCCAAAAGAAACACCCGACGCCCAACAAACGGACACACACCAUCGGUGACAUCGCCCAUAAGAAAUCCUAGACCUCGUAUCCCUCACGCCAACCAUGUACGAUUCUACAAUUACAUUUACCUUUGAUACCAUUUGUCCAUGGUGAGUCGUCUCCGAAAAUCCUAUUUAUCCUUCCCUUUUCACCUUUUCCUUCUUCAUUUCUUGCCGGUGCUUAUGCAAGCAAUAUUAUGGAAUACGAGGUUAAGGAUUAUGGCUGAUCGUGUUGGGUCAUAAUUAGGACUUAUCUUGCCAAGAAGAGGUAAGGGUAUUCAAUAUUUCGCUCCAAUAUUAUUGAAUCGAGGGAAGUCCGGAUUACUGACUGAAACAACGCGUUCGUAGAUUGGAUGAAGGUAAGAAUUAGGCUUUUCUUCCAAUUUUGACGUCGGCCGAGAUGAAAAGGAGAUUGUGAGAAGAGAGACAAUCACGUGAUAAUUACCACAAUCAUUUCCUCAUUUCCUUCACUCUAGCACUGUACCUUUAGGUCCACACACCCAUUCCCCAUUUAAUAACAACUUUCCUAGCGCUCCGUAUCGUCCGUUCAACGGAUGCUGCUUCGAAAGUUAGAUUCACCGUCAAAUUCUCGCCCUAUCAACUAUAUCCCGAAGCCAGCAAAGAAGGCGAAGAUAAAUAUGCCUGGUAUCGUAAAUCUCGUUACGGAGACUCCGAGGAGAAGAUGGAAAUGUAUAUGAAAGUCAUGACCGCGUACGGCGAAUCCGCAGGUAUAGACUACAAAUUCAAUGGCACGGUUGCCAAUACUCUCGAUGCGCAUCGAGUCAUUCAGCACUUCCAACAAGAUGACGUUAAAGGGGGAGGGCCGGAAACAGCGGACAAAAUUGUCAUGGCUUUGUAUAGAAUGUAUUUCCAAGAAGAAAAACAUCCGUCUAGUGAAGAGACGUUGCUUACGGCCUGUAAAGAAGCGGGAGUGGAUGAAGAGGAAGCGAAAAAGAUUAUCGGGGACGGACAUGAAGGAUUGAUGGAUGUGAAGAAUCUGAUUAGAGAGGCUGAGGGCAACGGCGUGGAUAGUGUACCGGUUGUUCGCUUCGAGGGUAAGAGAAGAGAUAUCACUUUGGAGGGGGCUCAAGAUGUGGGCGAGUACGUGAAGUCGUUGGAGCAAAUUGUUAAGGAGAGUGAGUAGAUGCUGAAUGAGAUGGUACUUUCGAGCAAAGGCCUCUGCAUGUACUUUUUUUGGCCGCGAACUUAUCACUCAUGGGAGAUGAUGAAAUGUCUUUCCUUCAUUGGUGUUUUCCUUAUUCUUACUGCGACGAUUGGUGAUUUAUAUAACUGCGAAUAACAUCGUUUUCAUGCAUUUUCACC